CCAUUCCGCAACCGGAUAUAUUAAUUUUACCGUAUGGUGGUCAGUAUGCACGUGCAAGGUUGUGACCAGGAAGUACAUCACUGUUAAAGAUUGUUCUGGCCAAUAAGAGUGUCGGUCGACAUGCUUUCGAGUGAGGUAUUCGUAUGAGCACAAUGGCGAUGAAGUGGAUUAUCUGUCUCUGGACAAUAAUAUGUUUGAAAGUUACAGUGGGUGCGAGCUACAGGUAUGCAUGCAAUGGAGACGCUCGCCAGAAAGCCAUGCAUUGUAUCGAGACCCUUUUCCCCACGGCACAGCGAUCUGGACCAAUGGGCUAUGCCCUAGCCUGGGACUACGACAGGAUGAAAGCGGCCUGCAUGGACGGCACCAUAUCGAUGUCAGUGCAUUGCGUGCAAUCAGUGAUGAUGAGUUGUGAGAACAACCAAGAACAACUCCAUAUACUUAGGCAAUACUUCGACACGAAGAGUAUGCAGGAAGCUCUAUACAGCCUUUGUGAUCAAUUGGAAGAGGCCCGUCAGUAUAUGCCAUGUAUGCAGUCUCAACUGCACGGUUUCACAAAAUGUGCAGAAGACAAACUUGGCGUCUUUGAGGAGCGUUCUAAGAUAGCUGGUGGAAACAUGGACAAAAUAGUUGCUGCUAGUUGCAGUUUCAUGAAUAUUGUGUAUGAUUGCCAGACAACGGCCGUCCGAAAGCAUUGUGGAGAAUUCCCGGCCAAGUUCAUUUUGAAUAUCAUGAACGGUUUCCGCCCACCGUCUUGUAACGCUAGUGGGGCGGAAGUGGGAAGGGUGACAUUGAAUCUCAUUGUGCAGUUGUUCUUCCUGGUUUUGUUCCAGUUGCUAAUCGUGACUUUUAUUUUAUGACAUCAUCAUUAUCGAGUAAUAGCGACAUUCCAACAACGGAUGCAUUCAUUUCACGGUGACUUUUACAACGACGUUUGUUAAUUAUUUCCCUCAAUUCUGUCAUUCAUCCCAAAUCACCACGAUUACAUUUAGCAACAGUGGUAAGUAAUGCUGGUCGAUGGGUAUAUAUUUGUACACGUCUGUGUGGAAAACAUUGUAGGUCAUAAUUUACACUAGUACGAUAACUGUAAAUUGUUUUUGGUUUCUGGUGAUACAGAGAAAGGAAAUCAGCGUAUGAUAUAUGGUCACGCCCCGUCACACAAUGUUAAUUCAUCCACCGUGACUUGUGUUUCAAGGUAACACGAUAAAUUUCAUUGUCUAUAGAUGCAAGUCCUUGCGCCAUCCGCUCUAUAUGUUUUGUUUUCCACACUGUAGAUACAUUGUUAGUUAAGUACUCAUGAUAUCGCUGUAUAAUGGAAUACCACUUCCUUAUACUUUUCCUUUAAUAUAGUAUUAUGGGGCGUGAUUGCUGUAUUAUAUAUGUGAUUGUUGCGCUUCGCUUAUGUGAGAUAUUAACUUAGCAUUUCAUGUACUACCACUAGCUGACAUACAUCCUUCCGGUGCUCUGUUUAUAUGACGUGUCUGACAUUAAUGUACGCUAGAGCUGUAAAUGACAGGUGUAGACAUACAUGAUACGACGACAUACUAUAUAGGUGUUCGCUUUGUCAUGCCUAACACUUGCUACACAUACAUCUCUCACUCCAAGUUUCAACAUCCCAGGAUAUAUGCUUGACAUGUGAAUCUCGCAUUAGCUGUGAAUAUUGAGGUUUGCCAUGACAGAAACACUUUCUCCGACUAACCAGAGCCACACUGGGCUUCCCACCGACGGAGAAAUCACUGUAGACGGUGCUUUAUAC